AGGAAAGGUGGAGAGAGAGAGAGAGAUUGAGAGAGAGAGAGAAGACUGGUAAAGAGUUCCCCUGGACACUGAAGGGGGCGCGUUUUGGAAGUUGGGAGUUUGGUACCCGCACCACAAUCGCAGAUCGCAGGGCAAGAGAGUUGGGGAUGAUGAUGGCCUCAAGGUGUAGCAGUACUUCUAUCUUUUCCCAUGUCAAGACCGCAACCCCUCACCAUCAUCAACUCUGUCAGGCCAGGUCGUCCUCCAUUGGACAUGCGUCGCUAUGCUGGAGGCGCUCGCUGGUACGAGACGAUCAUCUUGCCUCUGCAAUCCCACUCCUCACGCUUACUUCUUCGUCUUCUCUAGGAGGAUCUUACAUACCCUCAGUGUUAACAUGUACUGCUCAAACAGCAAUGACUACCAAUUUGGCUCCAGGGACCCCUGUUAGGUCUACAAAUAUACUAGUUGUUGGGGCUACUGGAACUCUUGGGAGGCAGGUGGUGAGGUGGGCUCUGGAUGAAGGAUAUGAUGUAAGAUGUCUUGUAAGGCCUCGACCAGCUCCUGCUGACUUCCUUCGCGAUUGGGGUGCAACAGUUGUCAAUGCUGAUUUAAGCAAACCAGAGACAAUACCGGCAACAUUGGUUGGCAUUCAUACAGUUAUUGAUUGUGCGACAGGACGCCCAGAGGAGCCUAUAAAAACGGUAGAUUGGGAAGGUAAAGUUGCUUUAAUACAGUGUGCAAAAGCAAUGGGGAUUCAAAAGUAUGUAUUCUUUUCCAUCCAUAACUGUGACAAGCACCCCGAAGUUCCUUUGAUGGAGAUCAAGUACUGCACUGAGAAGUUUCUGCAGGACUCAGGCCUAACCUACAUUAUCAUCCGAUUAUGUGGUUUCAUGCAGGGCCUGAUUGGGCAGUAUGCUGUGCCUAUACUAGAAGAGAAGUCUGUCUGGGGAACUGACGCCCCAACAAGAAUUGCUUACAUGGACACUCAGGAUGUAGCUCGCUUGACAUUUAUAGCUUUACGAAAUGAAAAAAUUAACAGGAAACUUUUCACAUUUGCUGGGCCUCGUGCAUGGACAACCCAAGAGGUCAUAACAUUAUGUGAGAGGCUUGCAGGGCAAGAUGCAAAUGUGACUACUGUCCCAGUCUCAGUAUUGAGAUUCACUCGCCAGCUGACUCGUUGUUUUGAGUGGACAAAUGAUGUCGCUGACCGGCUGGCAUUCUCAGAGGUUCUCAUGAGUGAUACUGUUUUCUCAGCUCCCAUGACUGAGACAUAUGAUCUUCUUGGGGUGGAUGCAAAAAAAAUUGUUACUCUAGAGAAAUAUUUGCAGGAUUAUUUCACAAACAUCUUGAAGAAAUUGAAAGAUAUGAAGGCGCAAUCAAAGCAAUCUGACUUCUACAUCUGAAAAGAGCCUUUUGUAAGCAUUGUAUAUCAAAUUUGUUCAUAUGGACAAUUCAAAAGCCAUGUAAUCCUGAUGAAAGAGAGAUUACAGAGGUAUGUAAUGCUUCCACGAACCUUUUUUCUAAGGGAAAAUCUUCUUGUAACCAAAGUUGUUGAAUAAGAGGUUGUAGUACUUCUUUCAA